AUGUUUGUUCCAUUCAGCAGUUCAUUAGAUGCUAGUUUUUGGUACAAACUCUCGGACAACAAACUUAAUGCCUAUGGUUUGGAUGAAUCAGCAAAACCAAUUUUUGGAUUUUACUAUAAUGGGUAUUCAGCAAGUCCAACUUGUAGGUUAAGUGUAGAUUACACAGCUUUUGACAGUGUUGCUCAGGCACCUCCCCGACAUUGUAAAGCUCAAGGGGAAUUAUAUCUCACCAAUACUAUUGAAGCCUUCAAAGAAUUUGAUCAGAAAGGAAUCCUAAAAAAAGUUGCUGAAAAGCUGUUCAAAAGUAUCCAGUCAGGUGAAGCUAUCAAAGAUCCAAGCAGUUUAACGCAGUUUAUCAUGUUGGCUUUUGCAGAUUUAAAGAAAUAUCAUUAUUAUUACUGGUUUGCCUAUCCAUGUCUCUGCUUGCCACCUGAUGUGUUUGUAAUCAAACAAGGAACUUUGGAACAACAUUUCACAAGUAAACAAUUGGAAAAUUUGUUAGAAACGUAUGACCAAUUUCAAAGUGCUGCUUCUUCAUAUCAGACUCACUUUUUGAUAAAAGAGGUGUCUGCUGAUACAUUUACCAUUCACAGCAUCAGUGAAACAGAAAAUCUGCUGCCUGAUAAGCUUAUUUUUGCUUUCUUUGAUCCUUGUUCUGCUGAUGACUUUCCUGGUUGGCCACUCCGUAAUUAUCUUUACCUCAUCUCCUAUACUUGGGGUGAACGUCUUAGUGAAGUUGAGAUUAUUUGCUUUAAAGAUAGAAUGAAGAAUGGGGUACGUAGCGUCUCUCACAGUCUGAUCUUCACGCUAAAAGUCCCAUCUGUGAAGGGAGCAACAGAAUGUCCAACCUUUGUUGGUUGGGAGAAAAAUGAACGGAACAAGAUGGGACCUCGUAUGGUGAAUUUGAGUCACUCCAUGGACCCUACUAAACUUGCAGCUUCAGCAGUAGACCUUAACCUAAAGUUGAUGCGUUGGCGGUUAAUGCCAGAUCUGGACUUGGAUAAAAUCUGUAACACUCGAUGCCUUCUGCUGGGUUCUGGAACUCUUGGCUGUAAUGUUGCGAGAUGUCUCAUUGGCUGGGGUGUUAGAAAUUUAACACUAGUGGACAAUGGUCGAAUAUCUUAUUCAAAUCCAGUACGCCAGUCAUUGUUCGUCUUUGAGGAUAGUUUAAAUGGAGGAAAGCCGAAAGCUGAAACUGCUGCUGAGUCUUUGAGAAAGAUUUUCCCUGGAUUGAAUGCUGUUGGUAUCACUUUGUCAAUUCCUAUGCCAGGCCAUCAUGUUUCAGUCACUGGUGUGGAACAAACAAGAAAAGACGUUGAAUUUUUGGAGAAGUUAAUUGAAGAACAUGAUGCCAUCUUUCUCCUAAUGGAUACUCGCGAAAGUCGAUGGCUCCCUUCAGUUAUUGGAGCCUCUCAGCAGAAGAUUGUGAUUAAUGCAGCACUGGGCUUUGACACAUUCUUGGUCAUUCGACAUGGCCUCAGAAAUGUUAAGGAAGGAUGCCAAAAGUCAUCAGAUGACAAUGUUGACAUUCCUCAAGGAGAAUUGCCUGGAGACAAAUUAGGAUGCUACUUUUGUAAUGAUGUUGUAGCUCCGGGAGAUUCUACUAAAGAUCGAACUCUUGAUCAGCAGUGUACUGUGUCCCGACCAGGGAUAUCGAUGAUGGGAGCAGCUUUGGCAGUUGAACUCUUGGUUUCCAUUUUGCAACAUCCUUCUGGACUAAACGCUCCAGCUUGUACAAAUUCAGAAACCGAUUCCUUUCUAAAAGAUACUGAGUCCUCUUUUGGAAUAGUUCCUCAUCAGAUGCGUGGUUUCCUCUCCCGAUACCAUAUUGUUUUACCAGCUGCCAGCUCUUUCAGUAAAUGUACUGCAUGUUCGGACAUAGUGCUUAACAAUUAUCGAAGCAGAGGAUUUGACUUUUUAUAUGAAGCAUUCAACUUGCCUUCUUACCUGGAAGAUUUGACUGGACUUACUCAGAUGCACCAGGAAACUGCAGAUGCAGAUAUUUUGUCAAUCAGUGAUGAAGAUGAUGAACAUUCCCUUUAA